AUGAAUUUUAAUAAAUUAUUUGUAAUAUUAUCAACAAUAUUCUUUUUAGCAACAAAUUAUAUUAAGAUUGGAGAGGCAUCAUGUUCAGAACAAUUAGCAGGUUAUUUCAAUGAAAAAAAUCAAAAUGUUCAAUUAACAUUUGUUCGUCCACAAGGUGAUGUAGUUUACAUAAGCAAUACCCUAUCAUAUUAUCCCUAUGGAAGUUUCUUAACAAAUGGUAAUUCAUUUCCAGCAUUGUUUUCAUCCAGGACCAAAACAACUCCAUCAGGUGUGCAACCAUUUGAUAUUGAUCAAAAACAAACAUCAUUCUAUGAUAGAAGUGGUAUUAUAUUAAGACAAGAUGGUUCAUUAUCAAUGAGAGCUUUAUGGUCUGGUCCAUUCACUGUGAAUUUAACAUGUACAAAUUCUGGUUCUCUUAAUUAUGGUAUUGCUGAUAAUGGUUAUUUAGUAUCAUUACAAUUUAAAUAA